AUGCUCAUUCCAUCACCAACCGCGGUGCAGAGCGGACGUCUCAACAUGAAGACGAAAACAAUAAUUCGAAUAUUAUACACAUUCGACGCUAUAUACGUUUUAUACGGGCUCGCCACAGUUAUAGUUGGCAUAUGGUUCUUUAUAAUACAGUAUCAGUUCGUGGAAUUAAUAAAACCUCAUCACGAUAUAGAUUUAAAUUUGUUUUGGAUGCAAAUGGUACCAUGGGUGUUUUUCAUCAUCGGAUUAAUUGACGUGAUUCUAGGAUUCUGCGGUUUAUUUAAAGCCACGAAACGCGAGGAAUUCGUUAUAAAACUAUACUGUGUAUUGAUGAUUCUGUUCAUACUUUGUCAGAUUACUAUCGCUACGCUGUUAAUAGUUUACGUGGACAGAGUUUAUACAGACGAAUUUAUUCAUGAAACAGUGAACAAUGGAUUUCACAAGGCAUUGAAUGAUCCGGACACCUUACUAUCAUUUAAUAGUGUUGAAAAUUUAUACAAAUGUUGUGGAGCUAAUUCUUCGAGUGAUUAUCUUCUUUAUAGAAAUGAACUACCAGUUUCUUGUUGUGAUGUAUACUAUGGUAGUCCAUGUGACUUUACGAACGAAAUAGCUGUCGAAAGAUUAGGCUGUAGUGAUGCUGUGACGUAUUAUACUAAGAUGAUUAGUUCGGAGUUUGCUGGGACGUUGUUAUUCAUCUGUUUGAUUGAAAUAGCUCAUGUGUUUUUGGCUAAUAAACUUUUUGGGAACGAUCGUGUUAGUGAUCCUCAUAUACAUACCUACCUUGGUUAUUAG